UAACGCAGUCAGGUAGGGGUGGAAACCACAUGCAGUAAACUCCAGGUACACAUUUGUUUCAGCUGGAUCCACGUCGGAUCAGUGCAGGCUGUUUAGACAAAAAGUCCUGGUUUUCUGCUCAAGAGAGGUGGUUUUCCCUGUUACCAGUCAUUUCUGUUAACAAAUACUGGUGAAUCUGGCAUUAUUAGUGGGCCGUGAAACUCUCAGGAAUUUUUCAUACACCAAGAUGAGGGAGAUGGCCUAUAACACACUCAAGGUGACACGUCAGUAAAUAGCACCCUUUAGAUGCAGAUCUUUCUAACUUCACUAACCCUUCAGACUCUCAGCUAUCAGUGGAGUGCACAGCUGCUGGUCUCUGUGAAGAUCCUUACCGGAAGGCAGCAUGUCCAAUUUUACCUUGAGAAAAACAUCUCCUACAGGAAAUGAUAUGAAGAGUACCACUCAGGGGACCACACUGAGGCAGCAGGGCUUUCUUGAGAUGAACAAAAGAAGGACUUUCUUACAGGAUAACAGCUGGAUAAAGAAACGUCCUGAAGAAGAAAGAGAUGAAAAUCAUGGCAGGGUGGUGCUCACCCGACAUAAUUCCCAUGAUGCCUUGGACAGGAAAACAAAUGAGAGAGAUGAGCCAAAAGCCACAAUUAGUCGGUACAGAUCUGAUGACACUUUGGACAGAAACAUGUCCACGUUUAGAUCACCAGAAGCAACAAAGACGCAACCUGGAGGUUUGUUCAGUGCAAACGCCACCAGCACCCCCGCUUCCACCUCUGCUGCUGCUCCUGUAAAGAAAAAGAGACAGUCCUGGUUUCCACCGCCCCCUCCGGGUUAUAAUGCCACCCCAAGCACAGGAGCAAGCAGAAGGGAAUCAGCUAUUCACCCUCCAAUACCUCCAAAGCCCAGUUCUCCAGUUUCAUCUCCUAACCAGCUGAAAGGAGGUAAUAGGCAGAUAUGUCCACCUAAACCAGGUGUUUAUAUGGAAACCAACAGAUCUGCUGAAAGCAAUAUAAGGAGUCAGGAUCUUGAGAACACUGUCAAAGUGGCCACUUCACUUCAGAAAACUGACAAGGGUGAAGAACUGGAUAAUCUCAUCCAAAUGAGCAAAAGUUUGAAUAGAAACCAAGGUCUUGAUGGUCUCUUCAGAACAAAUCUUAAGGCAGAGCAAACAGAGAAAAGGGCCAAAAGCCUUGAAAAUCUCAUCUUUGUGAAUACCCGGACAGACGAAAAUGGCAAAGGAAACCAAAGCCUUGACAGUUUCAUUAAAGAAAAUCCCAGAACAGUCGAGAAUGACAAAGGAAAUCAAGGCCUUGGAAGUCUUAUUAAAGUUAAUCAAAGGACUGACAAAAGUGAGAAAGGAACCCAAGGUCUCAAAACGAUUAUCAAAGCAAACGCCAGGACAGAUAAAACUAGCAGAGGUGAAGACCUUGAUAAUAUUAUCAAAGUGAAUCCCAAAGGAAAUGAAAAUAUGCCUGGAAAACAAGACCUCAAUGGACUUAUUAAAGUGAAUUCCGAAACAAAUAAAAAUAUCAAGAGGGGCCAGAGCCUUGACAAUCUCAUCCAAGUGACCCCUGAAGUAAACAGAAGCACCCCAGGUUCCAAAGACCUUGAUAACCUCAUCAAAGUGGAUCCAAGAAUGGGAAAAAGUGUGCAAGGGGCCCAAAGUCUUGACAGCCUCAUCAAAGUGGCUCCUGAAACAAACAGAACUAACCAAGGGAACAAAGACCUGGACAAUCUUAUCAAAGUGAUUCCCUCAGCAAACAAAAGUAGUGAACAAGGUCUUGAUGAACGUAUUAAUGUAAGCUCCAAAGCUGCCAAAAACAUGACUGGAAAUCAAGAUCUUGAUAAACUCAUCAAAGUGAAUCCUGAAACUCUCACCAACAAUCGAAGAAACGAGGAUUUUGAUAACCUCAUCAAAGUGAAUCCUGCAGUAAUCAGAAGCAAUCAGAGCCAAGACUUGGACAAUCUUAUUAAAGUGAAACCUUCAGCUCUCAGAAACAUGGAGCGAGACCAAGACCUGGAAAAGUUAAUUGAAGUAAAUUCCAAUGUGUCUAAAAAUAAGAAUGGAAGGCUAGAUGGCCAAGUCAAUGGAUCUACUGAUGCUUUAAACCCCCAGUCCACUGGAACCCCUGCCUAUUCUUAUGAAGCCAGGAAGACGCUCAGCUCCAAUGCUGAAACCAGGCAUGCAGGACCAAAGGACACGGUUGUGUACACAAGGACAUAUGUGGAGAAUAGUAAACCACCAAAGGGUGGAUAUCAGGAGAAUUUCUCUGGAAAAUACAUACAAACUGUUUAUUCAACUUCAGAUAGGUCUGUCAUUGAAAGAGAUAUGUGCACUUACUGCCGAAAACCCUUGGGCGUGGAAACUAAAAUGAUUUUAGAUGAAUUACAAAUUUGCUGCCAUUCCACUUGCUUCAAGUGUGAAAUAUGCAAACGGCCUUUGGAAAACCUACAAGCAGGUGACAGCAUUUGGAUUUAUAGACAGACGAUACACUGUGAACCUUGCUACUCUAAAGUUGUGGCAAAGUGGAUUCAAUAAUUCUGACACACGGACAUCAAGAUGAAAGCGCUCAUUAAGGAAUUUAAAUUUUUAUUUUAAGAAUAUGUAAUCUAGAAAAGUUUUUACCCCAAAGAUUGACUCUUGUGUAGAAUUAACAAUUCUGCUAUUGCAUAAAUAAUCUAAUUGCCUUCAAUAAGGUCAUCCACAUAAAGGGAACCAUCUGGUAUCUGGCUAGAUUUAGCUAUCAAAAAUUCAAGUGGUUCCAGUUACCAAUGUCAAAAGAAUGAUGCUUCUGAUGGCAGUGAACAUUGUCAACCUUAACCAGGUCCAUCUCUGCUUCAUAUUUAGCCUGUGCCUUAUGGUUUCCAUUAUAGACAAGUUUCUCAUUUUCUCACCUUUGUUUCCCUAAGAAUUUGGAUUUACAGAUGUUCUUGACAUCCUGACAAACUGUCGAGGAAGCAAGAUAUGUUUCCUUUAUGUGCAAAAGAAAUACUGAUAGAAAUUUUCUUAGGAAGUUUGGCAAAAAGAUGUUAACAUAUCAAGUUGUAUGGACCUCAAAAAAUCACUUAAACUUUUCAGGUCUCUGUGCCAUUAUCUGUAACAUGAGGGGUAUUGGCCAAAAUGUUUCCAAAGGUUCCUUUCUGCUCUCAAAAUCAUCUGAUUCUAAAAGAAGUUUUUGUUUUUUCUUUAGAAACAUAUCCGAAUAUGUGUUUGUUAAGCAUAUUGAACUAAAUAGGACAUCUAAACAAUUUAACCCUAGUGCCAUCCUUCGGUUUAUCACAUAUAAUUUUUAUAGAAUGUGUUUUAAAAACAGAAAGACAUGGAUUUAUGGGUAACAGGUAAAAUCAUAUGACGUGUAGUUUACAUAUUGUAAUUUGCUAAGUUUUCUUUGCAUGCAUUUCAAAAUCUAGACAUAUAAAUAAUCUAUAAGAAAUAACAGUUAUGGACUACAAAGACAUGUCCUUUAGCGUGUAACAUCUGUUCAUAUUCCAUAGCACUUUAUAUUUCCAGAUGGCUUAUAAAAAUAAAGUGAACUGUCAGUUACACAGAAUCUUUUGUGGAAUGUCUAUAAAUAUCAUUCACUGACAUUGAUUUGGUCAAUUAUGGUGAUCACAAUUUAUUAUAUUCUUUGCCAUGCUGCUUAACUUAAUUAUUUAACUGCUCAAGCUAUAGCUUUUAUUUUUUAAAGAUCUUUUUCUUAAGGAAUUGAAAAUUCAAUAAUCUUAUGUGAGGAACUAGAAUUGUUAUUAAAAUUGAGAAAUUAAACAUAAACUAUUUUCUAUGCACAUAGCAACUGCUUCUCGAAGGAAGGCAUAUGAAGCGUUGAGAGAGGGUGGAGUUCUAGGGAAAUUUAAGGCAGUUGUAAAAAACUGGCAUAAACUAGAGAGAUUAAAAGAUAAUCAUGUAUUUUCUAAAUGUUGAUAAAUUUAUAGAAUUAUUCUUCUAUAUAAUGAUUUCAAGCAUCUGUUCCUCUUAGAGACUGGUCCACCAAGUGUUAAACACAAAAUGCUUAUCAAAAUACAGCAAUGUAUAAUCGUUGUCCUAUGGAGAGGGAGCCAGAAAAAACAAUUAAUAAUAAUUUGAUAUUCAUUAAUUCAUGCUUGAUGAGAAGCAGUGGUAAUUGGGCCAUAUGUUUUAUUGUUCUUUUAUUACAUGCUAUCAGAGUGGAUCAAAAGAAAUAAUUUUCUUAGAGUUGGAAUUCAUGGCAGAAAAGGACGGAUGGAAUAGUAUCCUUCCCUUUUAUAUAAAGUGUAUUAACAUCUCAAUGCCUUUGUGGUAAUUAAAAGUCAUUUGAAUAUCA